AUGGCCUCACCGCAGCCCUCGUCGUCACCGGCACCGUUGCGCAAUGCCGCACCUGCCAUUCCAAACCUCAAGGAUAGGAUCCCAAAGCUUGAACCCCGACGACGACGACAAGAACCAGACAACCCGACUCCCGUUCCCGAGACUCCCGCCCUUCCUUCGCCGCCCAAUACCUCCGACUGGACCUUCAUUGUCCCCAAGAGGAGAAUUCUGUCCAAGAAGGACCAUGAAACAUUUCUCGCGUCGCCUACACAGAGCCUAAUUACAGGAUGGAUAUUUGGACUCGCCGAGAGCGUGACUGACACGCCAUGCUCAGCCGUCAAGAGCGACGACCUUGGAGACACGGUCAAAGCCAUUUUGAAUAUUCUGGGCGAAGCUGGGGAGCUCGUUAUCAAAUGCCCGCCCAACGAACAAGGUGGUUCUCGAUUCGGAAACAAGGCUUUUCGGGGGUUCCUAGACCUAGUGACUGAGAACUGUCCCAAGUGGCACGAGAGCUUAGGCAUCGACAGGGAAGCGGCCAUUGCAGAAGUGUCGACCUAUCUUGACCAAUCGUUUGGAAACCGUAAUCGUAUUGACUAUGGGUCUGGCCAUGAGCUUAACUUCAUGAUAUGGCUGCUCUGCUUAUAUCAGCUGGGCCUCCUACAGAAGCACGACUUCAAGGCCGUGACCCUAACGGUGUUUCCCAAGUACCUAUCCCUGAUGCGUACGGUUCAAAUGACAUACUAUCUCGAGCCCGCAGGCUCCCACGGUGUGUGGGGGCUGGACGAUUAUCAGUUUCUGCCGUUUCUCUUUGGUGCAUCUCAGCUACUACACCACCCGUACAUCACACCACGGUCCGUCCACCAACAACUGACGAUUGAGGAAUUCGGCAAAGAUUAUCUAUACCUCGGCCAAGUCGCCUUUGUCAAUGAUACAAAGACGGUCAAGGGGUUGCGGUGGCACAGUCCGAUGCUUGACGACAUCUCAUCAGCCAAGUCGUGGUCCAAGAUUGACGGAGGAAUGCGUCGGAUGUUCGUGGCCGAGGUGCUGGGCAAGCUGCCUGUGAUGCAGCACUUCUUGUUUGGAUCGCUGGUACCGGCAGGAGAAGGGAUGAGCGAAGAUGAUGCGGUCGAUAGUGACGGCGAUGAGCACGCCGGCCAUGUCACCUCUGAUUUAGCCGACCACUCGGAUCACGCCCAUGAUGGCACUGGCUGGGGCGAUUGCUGUGGUAUCAAGGUACCCAGCAGCAUCGCAGCUGCACAGGAGAUGAAGAAGAGGGCAAAAGGUGACGCCCUGCGGCGGAUCCCCUUUGACUGA